AUGGCUAAAUUGAUAAAAAAUAAAGUGAUGUCGUUCAACGACUCGUACUAUGGUGACUUCUCUCUUGACGUACCUCGAUUAAGUCGCCACGCCGUACAACGAGCACAAGAACGGAAGAUUCCUGUUGCAGAACUCUUGCAAUCUCGAAGCCACAUAAAUGCAUACGUAGAGAAGGUAGUGAACAAAAACGGUGUGGUCAUCACAGCGUAUCCACGUCAGCGUCUCCCUCCUAAUGAUGAUUUGCCCGAAAAUGCAAAACGCUUCACAUUCCCAAAAAAUGGUAUUGCUCUCUUCAUCGGUAAACAACAUGUCAAUAUCAAGCGUACUCAAGCAGAAUACAAUCUAAAAUCACUAUAUUUCGAUAAAUAUGAUACCCUGAUCGCUGUCGCAUUCACAAACGAUUAUGACUGGGCACCUUUCGAAAAAAUGAUCGAAACUGCACGCAAACGAAAAUACAAAUCACCAGAGCAGAUUCGUGCAAAGCAAAAUGAGAAGAAUUAA